GGCUUCCGGCGAGAGCGGAACCAGGGGCGGGGCGUGGAAGUUUUGUUGAUCCGUUGCCAGGGCGCGAGCUUGAAACAAGAGUUGGGUCCCGCCCCCCCUUUCUUGUUGCGUGGCAACGCAAAAGGCUGACUCUGCCUACCGAACCUUAGAGGAGGCAGUGACGGCGGACUCAGCAGCUUUUCAGAUCCGAGGAAGCAGACAGGACUGGAGCCCACCCUUGCUGAGACAGAAGUGACAGCAGAGUUAUGCCCUCCAGGGCAAGAGGAAGGUGGGAGCUUAGCUGUGGCUUUAGCCUGGCCGGCCUGAAGGAUCAAACAAGAACAGGGUCGGGAAUUGGAAGGACCCCCAGGACAGAGGGGCCAGCGGGAGGACGCGGUGUUGGAGCUCAGGGACUGCUGCUGUAGCCCAAGAACAGUCUUGGACCUGAGCCACUUGUUGGCUGCUUGAGCUGGGAGCUUCAAAAUUGACACUCGUUGCUAAGAAAGAUGUAUAAGGUAGACGUGUCACCAGAUCCAAAGGAGGUGGCGGCCAUUGAGGCUAGAAGAAAUCGAGAAAAAGAUCGACAGAGCCGAUUCUUCAAUGUGCGGACCCGAGUCAUGGGGGUGGAUGUCAAAGCCCUCAACAGCCAGGUGGAAGAGCGAAAGCUUCGAGAGGCAACAGAGCAGAGCAAGGAAGCAGCUUAUGGUACCUACCAGAUGCAGUAUGAUCUGGUAGCCCAGAUGCUAGAGAAGGAACAGGCAGAACGAACACGUCGGCUGGCCAGGAAAGUCCAGGAAUUUCGGGAGCAAAAGCAGCAGCUCAAGAACAGACAAGAAUUUGACUUCUGGGAUCCUGGCCGUUUCUGCAUGGAGUUUCCAGGCCGUUUCGGUGACAGUGACCCCUACUAUGGCCCAGCCAGCCUGCAGUGCUUUGCUGGAGAGGACCUGGACAGGGCUGCAUGCCUGAAAAUGCAGCAGGAGCAGUUCAAAUACAGCCUGGAGAGGCAACUGCAGGAGCAACGACAAGUCAAGGUUGAUGAGAAGUGUUCAGAUAUGCUCAAUGACCAGCUGCGCCUAGCCAUGGACAUGCGGGCCACCCAGUUGGCCAAGCUAGAGGAGUCCUGCCGUGUGGCCAUGAUGUCUGCCAUGGCCAAUGCCAACAAAGCCCAGGGGCCCCACCAGGCAGCUGAACUGGCUGAACGGCAGCGCCGUGAGCAUCAGCGUGAACAGGAGGCCAAUUUCAUGGAGAUCCAGAACCAGAUCACGAGUGACCUACUGACUGAGAACCCUCAGGUUGCUCAGCACCCAGUGGCUCCCCACCGGGUCUUGCCCUAUUGUUGGAAGGGCAUGACUCCAGAGCAGAGAACUGCCAUCAGGAAAGUCCAGGAGGUGCAACGCCACGAAAAGGAGGCACAGCGCCAGGCCGAACAAGCACUGGAUGUCAAAUGGGAAAACCAGGCCUUGCACUCAGCCCAGGCAGCAAUGGAGUUAGAAGAGCAGGAGAGGGAACUUUGUGCUGAAUUUCGAAGGGGUCUGGGGUCUUUCAAUCAGCAGCUGGCUAUGGAGCAAAAAGCCCAGCAGAAUUAUCUGAAUUCCAUAAUCUACACCAAUCAGCCUACAACCCAAUAUCACCUGCAGUUCAACACCAGCAGCCGCUGAGCUCCAAAUGACCAUCAUUCUCUUCUCCCUCACUGAGCUCAUGAAAGCUGGGAGUCAGAGAGGAAGAGGCUGCAGACUCCCUUCCCAAAUCCAUUCCCCCACUAUCCCUGCCUUUGGCCCUAGAUAAUAAAGUUAUUACUAACAUCAA